AUACAGUUUCAUUCAUUCUCCCUUAGGAGAGACCCACACACAACUGUCAAUACCAUAAAUUGUGCUGUAGGAGACACUGUUGAUCUUCUCUCAGGGGCUCUUAAGAGAUCACAACAUGGUAACUUUAACAGGAAUUUCACUACCUCGUCUGGUUGCUAUAAUGGUAGUGGCAGGACUUGUCUCUUUGACGAUCCUCUAUUGCUGGUCCUCAACUCCAAAGAACUGUCCAGCUCCACUGCCUAACCCGAAGCAACAAGAAAGUUACGCUGCCAAGAAAAGUAACUCUCUAACUGGUACAGCAGAAGACAAACCGAUCCUUCUGUUGUGGUUCUGGCCGGAAAAUUACUUCUUUGAUUUCAGUGACUGCAAAACCAUUUUCAACAUUGACGGUUGUCAUUUGACAGAUAAUCGAUCACUCUAUGACACAUCAGAUGGCGUCCUCAUUUUUCACAAAGCCAUCAGCUGGGAUCUGACCAACCUUCCUCCAUCGCCUCGCCCUCGGUUCCAGAGGUGGAUCUGGUUUCAUGUAGAAUCACCAACCAACACCAGGAAGAUUCCCGGUCUGGAAAACCUGUUCAAUCUCACUCUCAGCUACAGACAUGACGCUGAUAUUCUUGUACGGUGGCGUUUGAGAACCAGGAAGAAACCAGAGGAGGAUUUCGUCAUUCCCAAAAAGGACAAACUGGUUUGUUGGAUUGUGAGUAACAAUGCUGCAUCAACUGGAGUGGGCACAAGGAACAAGUUUUACGAAGAGUUCAGCAAACACAUCCAAGUCACUAUGUUUGGAAAGGCUUAUGCUAAUUUUUUGGAUUUUAAGGAGUACUAUCCUACCCUCUCUAGCUGCAAAUUUUACCUUUCCCUUGAGAACUCCAUCCACAAAGACUACUUCACAGAGAAGAUCAAUGGUCCUCUUGCUGCAGGAACUGUUCCUGUGGUUUUGGGUCCUCCAAGAAAGAACUAUGAAAACUUUGUUCCUGGAGAUGCCUUUAUUCAUGUGGAAGACUUCACAGAUCCUAAGUCACUGGCAGAAUAUCUGCUUCAGCUGGAUAAAGAUGACGUUGCAUAUCGCAGGUACUUUGACUGGAGGAAACAUCUCACUGCAACUCCUCAUUUAAUACAGCAGACCCAAGAGUUCAUUCUGCCUAUAUGCACUGCCUGUGAUUAUAUAGCACGACACAGGGAAUAUAAAGAAGCUCAUGAUCUCUAUGACUGGUAUUUUAACUGAUAUAAACAACACCAGAUUUUCAAAUUGUGAACAUUUUGGAGGGAUUUUGAUAAAUCACUGCAAAUGGAUAAACUUGAUAAACAAGUGUGUGUUAUUGUUCUACAGUGAGUGUGAAGUAAAACUCGAGAUCUAUUAACCAAAUGAAUCUAAAUCAUUAGCAGGUCAAUAACGGCAUGAUCCCAAAUGUCAGUCUUUUGCCUUUUUUCAUUGGAAAUAAAUGUUGUAAACAAACCAUUUUACCACAAAUUUACAAA